AUAAAACAGUCUAGACUAGACUGAAAUGACGUACACAUAUACAAACUGUCUAUUACAAUCUAAGGGAAAUUUCUAUAAUUAGAAAAGAAACGCCUCACACAUUAUAGAAAAUUAAUUGUAAAGAUUUCAUUGUAUAAUGGAGGAAGAUAGGUCACAUUACAUAUAUCUUUUAAAAAAUCUCCCAACUUGUUUGGCAACUCUUUUCAAAAAUGAUAAGGAAGAAGAAAGAUCUCAAGAAGUAGCUGUUGCUCUAAUGACCUGUUUUGCUGUGUAUCUCAAAAAAUAUGCAUUUACUGAAGUAAGAGAUUUUAGAACUAAACAAGUUGUCCAGAUAUAUAAAUCACUUCUUAGUGAAGGCAAUGAGCAUGUCGUGUCUCCUGAAGCUUGGCAAGAAGCAUUGAGAUUGGAAGCAAAAAGAGAAAGAAAAUUUGUUAUGAACACAAUGACGACUACUACUAGAGAGAAACUUGUUCAAUUGAUGGAGGAAUAUAGAGUGCCGUCAGAAAAAUGGUAUUUACUUCUAAAUUUGUUAUCGAAUGUUCAAAAGCAUAUGAAAGUUUUGCCUAAUGGUAAUGUACAGUUACCACCUGGAAAAGAGAUAGGUGAUGUCAUAAAUGUAAUCUAUAGAGAUGAAAUAGAGCAAACUCAUGUAUUUACAUAUUCACUAAUUGCACGCUUACGGAAAUUUUACUCUGUUAGACAAAUUGUGGAAGUAUUAGUUAACUAAUGAAUU